GCAUGGUUCAUCGCCGGCAUCUUCGUCAUCCUGGCCGUCUCUGCCUCCAUCUACGAGGUGGCCAUGCACCUGGAGUAUUACAACCGGCCCAAGCUGCAGCUGCGUGUGGUGCGCAUCCUGUGGAUGGUGCCCAUCUAUGCGGUGGACAGCUGGCUCGGCCUGCGGUUCAAGGAGGCGCGGUUUUACAUCGACCCGGUGCGCGAGUGCUACGAGGCCUUUGUCAUCUACCAGUUCUUCAUGUACCUGGUGGCCUACCUGGAGGACGAGUACGGAGACGUGGCGGCCUACUUCACCGUCAAGGAGCAGGUGCCGCACCUGUGGCCCGUCAGCCGGCUGCUGGAGCCGUGGGCCAUGGGCGAGCGCUUCUUCUGGGAGACCAAGCGCGGCGUGCUGUCCUACGUCAUUGCGCGACCCCUGGCCACAGCCGUGUCGGUGGUCACCAACAUUGCGGGCGUGUAUGGCGACGGCGAGUUCCGGCGGGACCGCGCCUACCCGUACGUGGCCGCGGUGAACAACUUCACGCAGAUGUGGGCGCUGUACUGCCUGGUGCUGCUGUACCGCGCCACGCACGACGAGCUGCGCCCCAUCCGCCCCCUCUCCAAGUUUGUGGUCAUCAAGCUGGUGGUCUUUGUCACGUACUGGCAGUCGGGUGAGGCGGCGGCGGGUGCUGGAGUUUGUCACUGA